CACACGAAAACAUCUUCAACACAUGACAUCGGUUUUUACAGUCUUUUUACACUUGCCUAUAUCUAGACGUGACAUAUACUAAAGGAUACAUAGCUUUCUUUUCCCUAUAUUAUAUUUGUCUCCCACUCUCUCCUCCAUUGAGCUUUAAGCCCAUACUUCUCAUUCCUAGCUUCUUCUUCUUCGUCUGUAUCAUCAAUGGCUUCCUUCCUUCCUUCCACUCUCUCAUCUGACCAAAACCGUAUCUUACUCACUGCUAUGGCCUUUAUCAUAUCUGCCAUCAUAUUCUUAGUACCAAAAGGAAGCAAGUCAAAGCGGCUAAACCUUCCUCCCGGCCCACCAGGAUGGCCGGUAGUCGGCAACCUAUUUCAGGUGGCCGGUUCAGGCAAACCUUUUUUUCAGUACGUAAGAGACAUCGUGCCGGUCUAUGGCCCAAUAUUGACAUUAAAGAUGGGUACACGAACCAUGAUCAUAAUUAGUAGCCCGGAAUUAGCUCAUGAAGCACUCAUCGAGAAGGGUCAAGUCUUCGCAACCCGGCCUCGAGAGAACCCAACCAGGAAGAUCUUCAGCGUCAACAAAUUCACGGUGAAUUCUGCCGUUUACGGGCCGGUCUGGCGAUCUCUACGGCGAAACAUGGUCCAAAACAUGCUCAGCAACUCCCGGCUCAAGGAAUUCCGUGGAGUGAGAGAUUCUGCAGUGGAUCGGAUGAUCGAUCGAUUCCGGUCUGAAGCUGAGUCGAACCAGGGGGUUGUAUCGGUUCUGAAGCACGCCCGGUUCGCUGUCUUCUGCAUCCUUGCGUCGAUGUGUUUCGGGGUGGAAAUGGACGGUGAUGAUAUCGAAAGGCUUGAUCAGAUGAUGAAGACUGUGUUGAUUACUCUCGACCCUAGGAUCGAUGAUUAUCUCCCUAUCUUGGCCCCUUUCUUUUCCAAGCAACGCAAGCGAGCCUUGGAAGUACGAGAGGAGCAGCUUAAUACGCUGAUCCCCUACAUCGAGGCACGACGAUCAGCCUUGAGGAAUGGAUCCGAUAAGAUGGCGAUGUCGUUCUCUUACCUGGACACGCUCUAUGAUCUCAAGAUCGAGGGACGUAAAUCAACCCCAACGAACGAGGAGCUGGUCACACUCUGCUCUGAGUUUAUCAACGGUGGGACUGACACCACUGCGACGGCACUCGAGUGGGCCAUCGCAAGGUUGAUCGAGAAGCCAGAGAUUCAAUCGAGAAUCUACGAUGAGAUCAAAUCGACGGUGGGAGAUCGGAAGGUGGACGAGAAGGACCUGGAGGGCAUGACGUACCUUAGCGCCGUGACUAAGGAGCUUUUACGAAAACACCCUCCCACUUACUUCUCUUUAACACAUGCAGUGACGGAGCCAGCCACGUUGGGAGGGUACGAUGUUCCUACGGAUGCCAACGUGGAGAUCUUCCUGUCGAGUAUAGCAGAGGAUCAUCAGGCAUGGUCCGACCCGAAGGAAUUCAACCCUGACAGAUUUCUGUCAGGAAAAGAGACUGCGGAUAUCACAGGGGUGAAGGGAGUGAAGAUGAUCCCAUUCGGGGCGGGUAGGAGGAUUUGUCCGGGAUUGGCCAUGGCGUCGCUUCACAUAGAUCUCAUGCUGGCGAGGAUGGUUCAAGAGUUCCAGUGGAUGUCGCUUCCAUCACAGAAGAUGUCGGACUUUAGCGAGAAGUUAGAAUUUACAGUCGUGAUGAACCCGGCACUCCAAGCUCUGAUCACAGCCAGGCAAUAGUUGGUGAUGUACGCCCCUGGCCGGAUCCAUAAUUAUUAAACUCCGGCGAGAUUAUAUCUUCUACUUUAUAGUGCUGCUUAAGAAUCUUCUAAAUGGGUCGGCGGGUCCGGGUUUAAGUGGUAUGUUGGGUGGUUCGGUAGAUUUCCCCUUUCUAAGCCAUUCAUGCCCUCUAUCAAUAAUUCUAAAUAUGCUUUUACUUAUUUAUUAUUA